AUAUUUUGCAUGCAAAUGUCUGUGGUUGUAUCUUUUUUAGAUACAUGAAUGUGUAUUCUUAAAAUGUCAACGUAUUUAAUUGAAAUAUCUUUUCGGUGUGGGCUUAUUUUUUACUGGGCGUUUUCCCCCGGAUGUUUUGACGUCGUGACGGUGUUUCACCGGCGGUGUAUCAGCCAGUGGGUCUUCGAGCAGGAAAAAGCGCCAACUUAUGCAGCACCUUGGUCAAAUUCUCUGCAAAUGGCUUUAAAACUGGACUUUCACUAACAUAUAGUGAGCUUAAACGUGGGAUGACUCGUUCUGUGAGGGGCGCUGCUGCAACUAGGUAGACAAGUAAUCAUCCUGAAGCUGCCAGAGUGAAGAUGCCAGGUCUGCAGGGUGAAAAUGUUGUGGCGGCUGUGGGGAGCCCCAUCAAGAGGAGUAAACUGUCUCUGAAGUUCUUCCAGAAGAAAGAAACCAAAAGGGCGCUGGAUUUCUCUGAACCCCAAACGGAUGAAUCUAAAACAGCUGAUCCAGUGGAGCAAGAGGCCAGCACCUGUGAUGACGUGGUCUUUGGUCCUUCACCAUGUCCAGCCUCCCCUGGCCUCCUGCCAUGUGAGAAGAGAGAGAGUUUGUUGCCAUUUGUGGGGCUCAAUAAUCUCGGCAACACCUGCUAUUUGAACAGUAUCUUACAGGUUCUCUACUACUGUCCAGGACUCAGAGCGGGCAUAAAGAAACUGUACGAUUUGUCAAAGGGAAUAGACAAACCCAAGGAAGAAACGGAUAAAAGCGAAGAGGAGUCGGAAGACGCAGUAGAAUCCCUGCCGGCUCACAUUGAGCUCCUUGGAAGCUUCAACAGUCUGAUAACAUCAGUGGAGCAGCUGCAGUCCAGCUUCCUGCUCAACCCCGACAGCUGCAGUGACGGAGAGCUCGCCACACCGCCUCGAAAAAUACUGCACACCCUCAGGCAGUUGAACCCCAUGUAUGAAGGCUAUCUUCAGCAUGAUGCCCAGGAGGUGUUGCAGUGCAUCCUGGGAUACAUCCAGGAGGCCUGUGACACCAUCAGGAAGGAGCAGCAGUUGGAGAGUGAGGAUGACAAAGCUGCAGUAGUCAAAAUAGAGAAUGAUGCUCAUUUGGGUUCAGGCACCUCUGCAGCAGAAUCCAAAAGUCUGACAGAUGAGGAUGGUCAAGUCACUGGCAAGAGAAAGAGCGACACAGAGGUGGGCAAUGCCAAGAAGAAGCCAAAAUCUGUCAAGUCUAAGAAGUCUGACGUGGAGGAAAUCAAUAAACCCCUUACUCGCUCCAAAAGAAAGUCGUCAAGUGACAUCACGACAAAUGGCAUCCAGGAUAAAGCUGGAGAUGAUAGUGCAGAGAAGGAAGGAAUGAAGAAGCUAAAUGAGGAAGGAGGGAGUGAUGAGGGAAAGGCUGAAAAAACCUCUAAAGAGACGGAUGGGAAGAAGAAGAAACGUGCUAAGCUGAGCUGGCUGAUGCCCUCUGUGAAACAGCCAAGCAUUUUCUCCAAGUUUCGCAGCGUUGGAAGAAUCAGCUCAAUUUCUGUGAAGAAUCAAGAGAACCCAGAGAAUGGACAGAGCGAUCAGAAGAGUCAGAAGAAAGACAGUAAUAAGAAAUCACCACUGAACGUGGCUGAAGAGAAGACUGCAAAACAUCACGUUUUAGGCCUGGACCUGAUGGAGCGCUUGUUCCAGGGUCAGCUGGUUCUGAGGACACGUUGUCUGGAGUGUGAGAGCUUCACAGAGAGGAGGGAGAACUUCCACGACAUCAGCGUCCCAGUGCUCGAUGAUCCACCCUGCAGCCCAGACGAUCUCUCAGAGGUGUCUCCAGAUCCAAAACCGGAGCUGAAGACUCUGAAAUGGGCCAUCGCCCAGUUUGCUUCAGUGGAGCGCAUCUUUGGAGAGGACAAAUACUUCUGUGAGACCUGUCAUCAUUACACAGAGGCGGAGAGAAGCCUCCUGUUUGACAAGACUCCUGAAGUGAUCACCAUUCAUCUCAAGCGCUUCUCUGCCAACAGUUUAGACUUGGACCCGUAUGCCGGCCUCUCUAAAGUGAACACUCCCCUGCAGACCCCUCUGACCUUGUCUCUGGACGAGUGGUGCACCCGUCCCUCGUCCACAGAAGGUCAACGUUACCAGCUAUUUGCUGUGGUCAUGCACAGUGGCAUCACCAUCAGUAGCGGCCACUACACCGCCUACGUCCGCAUGUCUGACCUGAAAGACGUGAAGCUCUGCCCGCAGGACAGAGAGGGAACGGAAAAGGAGCAAGAGCUGAAGGAAAGCAGGGAGGGAACACAGGCGAAAGAUGAAGCCCUGGACUACGAUGAUGGAGAAGUUUCUUUCAGCCUGAAGGCGAGGGGGCAGAGAGGUGCCAGUCUGGCUAAUGGCAAAAUGGCAGGCAAAAAAUUGUGUGAGGGUGGGGUUGGACUGUUGGGGGGUCAGAGGAGUUUGUCCAGUUAUGAGGUUGCCAGCAGCAGCAGCAGCAGCAACAAACACACAGAAAAAUCCAACAGUAGAGCAACAGAAGGAUCUAAACGGAGAAAGACGAUCAGCAGUUUGGGCAAAAAUAAUGAAGCUGGACUUAAAAAGGAGCCGGAGGAAGGCGAGGAGGUGUCCACAGCUUCCUGUGGCGUGGCUGCUUCCACAGAGCAGCAGGCUUUGAACAACCUCCUGGAGUACGAAGGCAAAUGGAUGCUGUUUGACGACUCCGAGGUGCAUUUGUUUGAAGAGGAGGAUUUCCUACAAGCUUGCUCUCCUGAGACGUGCUCCUCAUCAACGCCAUACCUGCUCUUCUACAGGAGGAUGCCAGCUGGAUGCUAACAUAAACACACGGGACAGUUUAAAGGGAUUGUGCCUGGCAAGUGCUCAGAAAAAGGGACAGUGCCAAAAAUACUGUGGUUGCCAUAUUUAAGUGACUUUCAGGUUAGAAUCCAUCUGCUCACAUUGUUUCAUGUAGUUAAAUUGAGAACUAUCUCGAUGACUGAGGAUGUGAUUUUCUUCACGUCAGGGAUGACUAAACCUUUUUUAGACUUUGUUGUACGCUGUCUUUUUGCAGUCUGCCUUUACAAAGUUCUCUUUUUGAUUUGUCAUGUAUGUAUGUUUUCUUUUUUUUCCAGAUUGGAAAAAGCACUUUUAAACUAAAUCAGAAUAUAACGUGCUGAAUAUUUUUGUUUGUUUUUUUCUUUUUUUUUAUGUUUCAUUGUAUUGGGUGUAGAGGAGUUUGUCACUGCUGUGUAUUUGGACUGAUUAUGCAACUUUAAAAAGCCAAAUAAACAACAAAUCCUCUCCACUGACAACCUGAAGUGAUACACACUGUAAUGCUGGAAUGUGUCAUAAUCCUCGUUUACAUUUCACUCAAACAUGAACACGUUUGUGUAUCAAGCCUGAAUCUAAUGAGAUUAUGUAAGUGAACCAUGAAGUCUUAACUCCUUCCCUAGAUACAAUAAAAUGCAAUUGGGGCUGCAA